GGGCCGCCGUGAGGCUCAAAACCGCUCGCUGGCUAGGCAACAUUAGCUCACCUGUCAUUAUUAUCUACGUUAUUAUUCGAGCUCCGUUCCGUCGGAGACCCGGAAUAAAUAGCUGGUCGACUUCUGCUUCACCGCAGAAAAGGAAGCCGUGAUAUCUGUUAAAUCGGCCGAUGGAAAUGAGCCGGUUUUAAGCGGUCGGUUAGCUUAGCUUAGCGUAACUUAGCUUAGCUUAGUUUGUGAAGAUGGCAGCUGUCCUGCAAACCCCGCUCAGUCGCGGACUGAGAGCUCAGAUACAGAAACUAAUAUGGACCAAGAGCUGGGUGAGGCAUGCAUCAGUGGGGAGGAUCGAGAAAGUCCUCAUCGCCAACAGAGGAGAAAUAGCGUGCAGAGUGAUGCGGACAGCGAAAAAGAUGGGUGUCCGUUCGGUGGCUGUGUACAGCGAUGCUGACAGGCAUUCUAUGCAUGUGGCCAUGGCAGAUGAAGCCUAUCACAUCGGAGCAGCUCCGUCACAGCAGAGUUACUUGUGUAUGGAGAAAGUUCUGGAAGUUGCGAAGAAGUCCUCUGCACAGGCCGUCCAUCCUGGAUACGGUUUCCUCUCCGAGAACACCGAGUUUGCAGAAUUAUGCAAACAGGAAGGCAUCAUCUUCAUCGGCCCGCCUUCAUCAGCUAUCCGAGACAUGGGCAUCAAGAGCACUUCCAAACACAUCAUGUCUGCUGCUGGCGUGCCGAUCAUCGAGGGUUACCAUGGAGAGGACCAGUCGGACGAGAGGCUUCAGGCCGAAGCUGCCAGGAUCGGCUACCCGGUUAUGAUCAAAGCCGUACGAGGUGGAGGUGGAAAGGGAAUGCGCAUCGCACGCUCUGAAGCUGAGUUUCACGAGCAGCUGGAGUCGGCACGAAGAGAAGCCCGCAAGUCGUUCAACGACGACGUCAUGCUGGUGGAGAAGUUUGUGGAGAACCCCAGGCAUGUGGAGGUGCAGGUGUUUGGAGAUCAGCAUGGCGGUGCGGUGUACCUGUUCGAGAGGGACUGCAGCGUACAGAGGAGACAUCAGAAGAUCAUUGAGGAGGCGCCAGGGCCCGGUAUUAGUCCUGAAGUGAGGCGUAAACUAGGAGAGGCUGCAGUCCGAGCAGCUAAAGCAGUGAACUAUGUGGGAGCAGGCACCGUGGAGUUCAUCAUGGACGCUCAGCACAAUUUCUACUUCAUGGAGAUGAACACUCGUUUGCAGGUGGAGCACCCGGUCUCUGAGAUGAUCACAGGCACAGACCUGGUGGAGUGGCAGCUCAGGGUGGCUGCUGGGGAGAAACUCCCUCUCUCUCAGAGCGACAUUGUGCUCCGAGGUCACUCCUUUGAAGCCCGAAUCUACGCUGAAGACCCCAGCAAUGACUUCCUGCCUGGAGCCGGUCACCUCAGGCACCUGUCCACUCCGCAGCCGGACGAACACACGCGCAUCGAGACUGGAGUCCGAGAGGGAGAUGAGGUUUCUGUUCAUUAUGACCCCAUGAUUGCCAAGCUGGUGGUGUGGGGGGAGGAUCGCUCUGCCGCGCUGAAGAAGCUCCGCUACUGCUUACGGCAGUACAAUAUUGUAGGUCUCAGCACUAAUAUAAAUUUCCUGCUGAAGCUGUCGGGACAUCCUGAGUUUGAAGCGGGGAACGUGCACACCAGCUUCAUCCCACAGCAUUCCCAACAGCUUUUCCCACCUGCAGUGGCCCCUACAGCAGAGGAGGCCUGCCAGGCAGCGCUGGGCCUGCUGCUCCGCGAGAGGGCACACACGCAGGAAUUUGUACGACAGUCAGACGAUGUUUAUUCUCCUUUCGGCUUGGGUGACGGGAGCCAGCUCAACAUGCUCUUCUGCAGGAACCUGAUGCUGCAGCUGGGGGAAAACAAAGUGGCCGUGGCUGUUACAUACAAGCCAGAUGGGACAUACAGCAUGGAGAUUGGAGGUCAGGUGUUCCAGGUCUCAGGUGAGCUGCAGAAGGAGGGCAGAGCCACGUACCUGUGCUGCUGCGUAAACGGAGUUUUGUCUCGACCCAAGUUGGUCAUUGUGGAUAACGAAGUCCACCUUUUCUCCUUGGACGGCAGUGCCCAGGUGGAUGUGCCUUUGCCCAAAUUCCUGGCUAGCGUGAGCAGCUCAGGGGCCCAGGAUGGUGCUGUGGCACCCAUGACUGGCACCAUUGAGAAGGUCCUCGUGAAGGCAGGAGACACCGUCCAGAAGGGAGACCCUCUGGUGGUGAUGAUUGCCAUGAAAAUGGAGCACACCAUCCGAGCUCCUAAAGCUGGCGUCAUUAAGAAGGUUCUCUUCAGAGAGGGAUCACAGGCCAAUAGGCAUGCAGCACUGGUGGAGCUGGAGGAGGAAGAGGAGGAGUUGAAGGACGAGGCACAAUCCUGAGACUGCAGGAGGGGCUGAAGAUGUUUUAGGAGGAUAUUCUGAGUAACUGUGGUCAUUAAAGGCUGAAAUCCAGCCCAGUUUGGGGAUUUCUAUGCUCAAAUACACCUAUUAAACCUGGCAACCAGGCAGCAUGACUGUAUAUAACACCAGUGUGACUUGUUUAUUGUGACAUAUUGCAGUAUAAAACACACAUUAAACAUGUAUAUUAAAACUA